AUGUUACGGAAUCCUUUUAAUAGUUAUCCUGCUGGAAAUUUUGGUGGAGGAAGCCCGUACCUACCGAUGAAUACUGGUUUACCUGAUGGUAACUAUUUUGGUGGCUCUCCGCAGCCUUUUGGACCAGGACUAGGCAAUCCUUUUGCUUCACCAGGUUUUGGAGGUAAUUUCAAUUUUCCACAACCACAACCAGGUUUUUCAUCCUAUCCUCCUGGUCCUAUGAAUGGUUUUUCAAAUCCAUUCGGUGGUGCUGGCUUUGGACAGGGCUACAAUCAGUUACCCGGUGCUGGAUUUAAUCCUGCUGGAAUGAAUUUCAAUCAGGGAGGCUUUUCUCAGCCGAUUGGUAAUAACCCAUUUGGUCCAAACUUUCCUCCUGGAGGUUUUGGAGGAAUUCCGAUUGGACCUCAAGUGGGACGAGCCUCUCCUUUUAAUCGAUUCAUAUCACCUCAUCGAAAACAUCCUCAUCGAAGUCGUAGUCGCCGUCAUAGUAGUAGCGAUAGUAGCAGCGAUGAUUUUAAUCGGGGUGGUCCUUAUGGAUACAAUGGAGGCUAUGCAAACUUUCAGCCAUUUCCCAUUUCACCACGUAAUUCACCAACAUAUAGAAGAUAA